AUGUUUCUUUCCUUUAUUAUUUGCUUUUUUUCUGGUGAUCUUUUUUUUCUCUUUCUUUUUCUCUUUUUUUUUUCUUGUUCUUUAUUCUUUACGCUUUUUGUCUUUUUUUUUCUUAACAAAUCUUUCAUUAUUUCUUUCUCACAUUUUUUCUUUCGUUUCAUCUUGCUUUUGUUUGGGAAUAUUUGUCUUCCUUCCUUCCUUCCUUCCUUCCUUCCUUCCUUCCUUCCUUCCUUCCUUCCUUCCUUCCUUUUGUUUUGUUUUGAAGAUAUUGAUUUUCGUUUAUCUCCUUACCAUCUCCUUACAUCUUUUUUCACUCAGUUUCUUUCCUUUUCUUCCCUUUCAUUUUAUAUCCAUAUUCCUCUUCUUGUCUUUCUUCAUUUAUUUUUAUUCAUUUCAAGUUUUCUAUUAUCCUAUCCAGAUACUUUUACCGUUUUCCUCCGUGUAUUUAUUUAUUCCUUAAUUUUCGUUUCGUUAUCUUCUUCUUUCCUUGUUCCACGUUUUUAA